AUGAAGCAGUUCAAUCCCAGUGGAUGGAUUGUGACUUUUGCGACCGCCCUCUGCUCUGUUUCAACUGAAAUUCCCAAGACUUUCGUUCAGGUCUACGCUCUUCUUUUUACUGGAGCUGAUCGUGAGACUGGCGCUGACUCGCUUAGCGCGAUGUCGGCCCGAUUGGAUCAUGUGGCUUCAACAGAGAAUCGAUGA